AUGUCUUCCCCAUCACCUGAAGAUUCUAAGCAACCGCCGCCUUCAGAUUCCCCACCGCCUCCUGAUGAUUCUUCAUCUCCCCCUCCACCGAAUGACUCCGAUGACAAAUCCCCGCCUCCUCCGCAGUCUAACGGGGACUCGCAGCCGCCUCCCCCGCCUCCGCCUCCUCCUCCUCCACCCCCUCCCCCGCCUCCACCGGGCGAUAAUAACGCGCUUUCCCCACCCUCACGCCCAAAGAAAGCAGGGAAAAAAUCAUCAUCAUCCAGCAAUAACAAUGACACACUCUUAAUUGCAGGAGUUGCGGCCGGAGCAGCCCUAUUGAUUCUUGUUUUGAUAGUCUUCUUAAUCUCUUGCUGUAAACGCAAAAGGCGAAGAUCUCAUCGUGACCAGAUGCAAUAUUACAAUGACAAUUCUCCCAGGAAAGGUAAUGAUUAUUAUAAUAACACCGGGCCAUACGGGACUUGGAAACCAAACAAUAAUCCAACUGGAUCUGGCGAUUAUUUUGUUAAGAUGCCACCGCCCCCUCCCAGCGCCGGCGUGAGCUCAGAGCAUGCUUGGCCGCUGGUGCCACCGCCGCCACCGCCAAUGCUGAUGAGUAGCGACAUGAGCUCCGCCGCUUUCUCCGGUCCGCAUCAAGCAGCUCUGCCGCCGCCGCAUCCGGCCAUGGCUCUGGGGUUUAACCAAAGCAGUUUCACAUAUGACGACCUGGCAGUGGCAACUGGAGGGUUCUCUAAGGCUAACCUAUUGGGGCAGGGCGGGUUCGGGUACGUGUACAAAGGCGUGUUGCCCAAUGGCAAGGAGAUUGCGGUGAAGUGCCUGAAAUCUAACAGCGGACAAGGAGAGCGGGAGUUUCAGGCCGAGGUUGAGAUCAUCAGUCGUGUCCAUCAUCGUCACCUCGUGUCUUUGGUCGGGUACUGCAUUUCUGGGGCUCAGAGGAUGCUCAUCUAUGAGUUUGUGCCCAAUGGCACUCUCGAAUAUCACGUUCGAGCAACUGUUAUGGAUUUCCCAACCAGGCUUAAAAUUGCACUAGGUGCCGCCAAAGGGUUUGCUUAUCUGCACGAAGAUUGCCACCCUCGCAUUAUACACAGAGAUAUUAAGGCUGCAAAUAUUUUGUUGGACUACAAUUUUGAUGCAAAGGUUGCUGACUUUGGACUGGCUAAGCUCAGCAAUGAUACCCAAACCCACGUCUCAACACGCAUCAUGGGAACAUUCGGGUACUUGGCACCAGAGUAUGCAUCCAGCGGCAAACUGACUGAAAAAUCUGAUGUUUACUCAUAUGGAGUUAUGCUCCUGGAACUCAUAACUGGGCGACGCCCCAUAGAUGUUAAUGGCGACGAUGAUACCUUAGUCGACUGGGCUAGGCCUAUUCUGACGCGGUCUGUAGACGGUGGAAAUUUCGAAGAGCUGGUGGAUCCGCGGUUGGAGAAGAACUACAACCCGCAGGAGAUGCAUCGCAUGGUGGCUUGUGCCGCUGCUUGCGUUAGGCAUUCCGCUAGGAGACGUCCCAAAAUGAGCCAGAUUGUGCGUGCUUUGGAAGGCGACGUUCAGUUGAAUGAUCUAAACGUGGAGGCAGUGAAAUCCACGGGCGAGAGUUCAGAGUACGAUUCGAGCACGGAGACAAGGGGCGGGAAAUACGGAGGAGCGUCGAGCCAGGAGUUCUCCAGCGGCGAGUAUUCCGGCGACCAAACACACCAACACCACGCUCCAUAA